ACAUCUCUCAACGGUGACUCCUUAUAUAUUCAACCCCUCUUCCUCUGCCGGAAAACAUCCACAAUCCAAUACGCCGUCGUUUUCGCUUAAACCCUACAAAUCACAUUUCUAAACUCUUAACUCACUCUCAUUUCCGCUUUUUCCGGUGUACGAUGAUGUCUGAAACUGCACUUCGAGAUCUUAAUUUGCUUCCUAAACCUGAAAGGACAAAGGAAACAUCAAGUAAAGACGUCUUAGCUAAGACAUAUGUCGAACCUACCAAUGAAAAUGUUGAAGAGAAACAAAGAAAAAACAUCGGCUGUUUUGUUGAACCACCUUUGAAUGGUAACGAGGUUGCAAAUUCUGGCGCAGAGGUGGUAGUUGUGGAAAUGGAAUACAUUGAAUCCGAGAAACUGAAUGAUCUAGAAGAUGUUGAUAAGAGUCUUAAGGUACUUAUAGUUGGUUUAGAGUCUAAAGACUGGGUUUUGCUCUGUGAGACACUUAACAAUGUACGACGUUUAUCAAUAUACCACAAGGAAGCACUGCAAGAUAUACUGGACAAUGUGAUUACCCUUGUUGUGAAAGCCCUGAAAAAUCCAAGAAGUGCUGUCUGUAAAACCGCCAUCAUGACUUCUGCAGACAUUUUCAAAGCAUUUGGGGAUAGCAUAGUUGAUUUGUUGGAUCCUUUGCUUGUAGUACUUCUUCUCAAGUCAUCUCAAGACAAGCGCUUUGUAUGUGAGGCUGCGGAAAAAGCUUUAAUAAGUUUGACAAUGUGGGUCUCUCCUGUUUGUUUGUUACCGAAGUUGCAACCUUAUCUUAAGAACCGCAAUCCUCGUAUUCGUGCAAAGGCGUCAUUGUGUGUUUCUCGUAGUGUACCACGGCUGGGUGCUGAGGGGAUAAAAGAUUUUGGAAUUGACAAAUUGAUCCAAAUAGCCUCAUCCCAACUGAGCGACCAGCUUCCUGAAUCUCGAGAGGCUGCUCGUGCUCUGUUAUUGGAACUACAGACGGCAUACGAAAAAGGGCCUGUUUUGGCAUCAGAGCAAGACGCAGCUUCUGUCGAACCUCAAGUACUUUCUUGGGAGCAGUUCUGUGAAUCUAAUCUUCCAAAGUUAAGUGCUCAAGCUGUUCUUCGUGUCACCAGCGUUACACGAGAGGGUUUUGUUUCAGGUUUGUAACGCCAAUAUACACGAUCUGUUUGGAGCUAUAGUGAGUAUUCUAUGAUUUUUCCCGUGCCCUUGAAUCUUGUUUACUUGUAAAUGCUUUCGCAUUAAGUUUGAAAAGAAGUGAUUGGUAUAUGUAGUUGAGAUGCAUGUUCUAAACAUUAUUGCACCCAUUAUUCAGUUUUAAAAUGCAUAUUAUACA